AUGCACACCCACCAGCCCGAAGAAGCGUUUCUUGAGAUCGAUGGCCUGCGGGUGUUCUUUCGGGCGGAGGGGGUUGGGCGGCCGGUGGUGUUGGUACAUGGGUGGCCGACGCAUUCGUUUCUGUGGCGACAUGUGAUUGCGGCGCUGCGGGAAACGCAUCGCUGUUAUGCGCUCGACUUGCCGGGCUUUGGGCGGUCGGAGAAGCCGGAGGACGCGCCGUAUACGUUCACGUUCUUCAGUCGCAUCAUCGAGGGCUUCGUCGAGCAGCUUUCGCUGGAGCGUGUCGACCUGGUGGUGCACGACAUUGGUGGACCCUCGGGCAUUCUUUAUGCGGACCGAUGUCCCGAACGGGUCGGCAGGCUGGUGGUUCUGAAUUCUCCGAUCUACCCGAUGCGAACACCGCUGGAUGCUGUGGCGCAUGUCGUUCUGCUCACACCGCUACUACGCAACGCGAUGGUCUCGCCGUGGGGGCUGAAGCGAGUCUUCAAGUCGGGCGUAAGGCACAAGAGAAAGAUGACGCCCGAGGUGAUCGCCAAGUACCAGGCCCCGUUUCGCGAUCCGGCGACACGUGGUGUACUGCGGAAAACGAUUCUAGCCCCCAUGACGUCGCCGAAUGAAUUGCCCGACCUAUCGCAAACAAUCGCGCGGUUAAGAAUGCCCGUCUCUUUGGUGAUUGCUCAACGGGAUCUUCUGUGCGGAGCCCACAUGCGGCGCUUGGCCGAAGAGCUGCCACAGCUUCCGGUGCACUCGCUCCCAGAGGCCGGCCACUACUUGCAGGAAGAUAUGCCCGAGGAGUUGGCCGCGAUUGCACAGGGGGGCCUGACCUACACGGACCUUCCGGCGACCUUCUACUGCAGUGUCCCUGCCGACACCCUGCGUGGUAUGUUUUGGCUCAGGGCUGGGGGCGCCACCUGUUUUGGGCUGAUGAUGGCGAAUGCGAAGCGGCGACUGUUGGAUGAGGUGCCGGUCUGGAGCAUGGUGGUGCCGGUAGUGGCCUGCGGGGCUCUGGCGUUGGUGUGGGGAGGCUCCUCGAGUUGGGUGCUGCUGCUGGUGGCGGCUGCGGCGAUCGUCGCGGCGGUGCUGGUUGCGGUCUACCAUGCGGAAGUGAUUGCCCACCGCGUUGGUGAACCUUUUGGCACGCUGGUGCUGGCCCUGGCCGUCACGCUCAUCGAAGUGUCGCUCAUCGUGUCGAUGAUGAUGUCGGACCAUGUCGAUUCGAGCAACCUUGCCCGCGAUGCGGUGUUCGCCACGGUGAUGAUCGUCUGCAAUGGCGUCAUCGGUCUGUGCCUGUUGGUGGGGGCGCUCAAGCAUCACGAGUUGAGCUUUCGGGUCGAGGGGACCACGCCGUCGCUGUCGGUGUUGGCCACGCUGGCGACGAUGUCGCUGGUGCUGCCCGACUUCACCUUCUCCACGGAAGGGCCGACGUUUUCUAGGUCGCAGCUUGUCUUCGCGGGCGUCGUGUCGCUGGUGCUGUACGGCGUGUUUCUGUUCGUGCAGACCAUUCGCCACCGCGAGUUCUUCCUGGCGGACUCACAUGACAAACAUGACGACCACGGCGAGCCGCCCACGGUUCGGGCCGCGUGGGCUUCGCUGAUUUUGCUGAUGGUCUCGUUGGUCGCCGUGGUCGGGUUGGCCGAAUCGAUGGCCCCGGCGAUUGAAAGCGCCAUCGACGAUGCGGGCAUGCCUCAAGCCGUGGUCGGUAUCGCCAUCGCCUUGCUCGUGCUGCUGCCAGAAACCACGGCCGCCGUGCGGGCUGCCCGGGCGAACCGGAUGCAGACCAGUUUCAAUCUCGCCCUGGGUUCCGCCCUGGCCACCAUCGGGCUCACCAUCCCGGCGAUCGCCUUCAUGUCCAUCGCCCUGGGCCUCUCAAUCAACCUCGGCCUACCGCCCAAGGAAAUCACACUGUUCGUCCUCACCCUGUUGUUGAGUUCGAUGACGCUCUCUAACGGCAGGGCUACGAUUUUGCAGGGCACGGUGCAUCUGGUGGUGUUCGCGGUGUUUAUCUUCAUGGCGAUGGUGCCGUGA